UUGUAACACUGGUUGAUUCUGUGUCAAUCACAAUGGCUCACUCGAGUUUGGUUUUGAUGCUUGUAGCCGUAUGUGUCACUGUUGCUAUCGCCUUACCAACAACUGAACUCAACGAAUCGAAGUCUACUGCAGUUGGAAAACGCUUCACAGGUUGGAGAGUUGCUUGUCUAACUAAAUGGCUUGAAUGUUAUCUAAGGAUCAGAGUGAAAGUAAUAAUAAUAAUUGACUUUGAAGGUGUCGUACUUUCCCAUCAAGAGUUCGACUUCCCGUAUUACAUUUACGCUGAACUAAAUCCGGAUCACAUCCUGACAUCCGGCACUAUUGUCAUACCUGCAGGAACCGAUACGGAAGCAUCUUCACCCGGUCUGCAAUUAGCUGGGGACACUUUCACCAAUUUUGUAAUGAGAUUCCACGAUCCAGUCUCUGAUCAAUGGGUAAUCGACACGUUCGGACAUUGUGGUCUUGUUAAAGGUGACCCCCACUUGGCCACGUUUGACGGAUAUAGAUUCAACUUUAAUGGAUUUUGUUCAUAUGUACUGACAAAGGAGUGUGGUAGAACUGUACCUUCAUUUCAAAUCAACGCUGAUUUCCGAGGUAGAGAUGGUGAAAAUCCUUACGAACCUCCAACCAGAAUGGUCGCACUGGACAUAUAUAUUGAUGGUAAAUCUGUAGUCCGUGUUAACGCAGAUAAUUCUAUUCAGUUGGGUAUUUUUGCUUGGAUUUUCCAUAACAUGCGAGUUGCACCAACAGAACGAGCACGAACAAAACGUAGAAACAAAGAAGACAAAAAGAGAAAUACCUGA